CCCCACAAAUAGGAAACCAAACCCACCGUGCCGAGAAUCUGCAGCUCAAUGAGAGAGUGAUCAGCUGUCCCCCCGCCGAGACGACAGAUCGAAGCUCGGAACCCGGGUUACUAAGACCUUCCUCCAUGUCCGCAGCACCUCCCUCCUGCCCCAGCAUUGUCUCGGCGCCGGCUCUGGUCCAGUUCCAGCUCGGCCUGUUUCGGGAGGUGGUUCGAGUCCCGGCUGGAAACCUGAGCUACCGCCAUGCCAAGACACUGGCUGCAGAGAUCAUCGAGCACAAGGCUCCAGAGUGCAGUGUGGUUGGCGUCGGGGAGAAGGUGCUGCUCUUCAGACAUGACUUCUCCUCCUCCCAGCUGCUGCAGCGCCUCAAUGAAGACGACGAGCUGCGGGAAGGAGACCUCAUCGAGGUCAUCAUCGCUGGAUCAGCGACUGUGACCGAGAUGAGGAUCCGCCCACACUCCCUGGUGGUCCACUCGUACCGGACCCCCACCUUCUGCCACCACUGUGGAGAGAUGCUGUGGGGCCUCGUUCGACAGGGACUCAAAUGUGACGGUUGUGGGUUAGACUUCCAUAAGCGCUGUGCGUUCCUGCUGCCCAAUGACUGCAGUCGGGCGAGGCGUCAGGUCAGCACCAGCCUCUCCCUGUUUCCCCCCCGACGACCCCGCACACACUCCCUGUCUAACCAGGCGGGAGGCAGUCUGGAGGAGAUCAGCAUGACCAAGCCCUCCUCCAGACCCCUGUCCUGGGUGGAGCCCCCGGUGUGGCUGGGUAUCGGGUACGGGGACUCGAGCCGGGCUCAGGUUCCUCACACCUUCCACAUCCACAGCUACACCAAGCCCACCAUGUGCCAGCACUGCUGCCGGCUGCUCAGAGGGCUCUUCAGGCAGGGGCUGCAGUGCUCAGACUGCAGGUUUAACUGCCAUCGGCGCUGCGAGCUGCUCGUCCCCAGAGACUGUCCCGGAGAGAGGAAGGCCGCCAACGGAGAGGAAUCCCCAGCGGUGGAUAACAGCGGCCCGGAUGACCCGGAGGACGAUGACUCAGAUCUCAGCAGCACUUUGGAAACCUCAGAGGAGGAGAUGUUCACCGACGGAGACUCCAUCGCCGAGAGCCGGGAGGACGAGCCGCCGCGGGAGGCCAUGAGUCCGUGCUUUAGCACCUACAUCCCUCUGAUGAGGCUGGUGCAGUCGGUGCAUCACAGCAAGAGGAGAGCAGGGGGGGUCCUGAGAGAGGGCUGGCUGCUGCACCACACCAACACUGACACACUGAGGAAGCGCCAUUACUGGAUCCUGGACUGGAAGAGCAUCACUCUGUAUCAGAACGAGAGCAGCACCAAGUUAUACAAGGAGAUCAGUCUCUCCGAGGUGCUGCAGGUCCGAGGCCCCGCCCACCUCUCCCUGUCAACAGGCAACAGCGGCCACACCCUGGAGGUGGAGACCGCCGCGCUGGUUUACUGCGUGGCGGCCGGAGAGAGCGCCUCCGUCUGGGAGAGCGCCAUCCGGCAGGCCAUGAUGCCGGUGCAGAGCAGCGGGCGACCCGGGGGGGAAGAGCAGGGUAGAGAUUCCAGCAGAGACAGCGUGGACAUCAGCUCGGUGUAUCAGAUCUCCACGGACGAGGUUCUGGGCUCGGGACAGUUUGGGGUCGUGUACAAAGGCACUCACAGGAAGUCGGGUCGGCCCGUCGCCAUCAAGGUCAUCGAUAAGACGCGCUUCCACACCAAGCAGGAGACGCAGCUGAGGAACGAGGUGGCCAUCCUGCAGAAUCUGUCCCACCUCGGCGUGGUCCUGCUGGAGGGGAUGUUCGAGACGGUGGAGUACGUGUUUGUCGUCAUGGAGAAGCUCCACGGAGACAUGCUGGAGAUGAUCCUGUCCAGUGAGAGAGGCCGACUCCCUGAACGCAACACCCGCUUCCUCGUCAGCCAGAUCCUGGAAGCUCUGCGGUACCUGCACCUCAAACACAUCGCUCACUGCGACCUGAAACCAGAGAACGUGCUGCUGGCCUCUGCAGACCCCUUCCCCCAGGUGAAGCUGUGUGACUUCGGCUUCGCCCGCAUCAUCGGAGAGAAGUCUUUCCGCCGCUCGGUGGUGGGGACGCCGGCCUACCUGGCCCCCGAGGUGAUCAGCAGCAGCGGGUACAACCGCUCUCUGGACAUGUGGUCGGUGGGCGUCAUCAUGUACGUGAGCCUGAGCGGCACCUUCCCCUUCAACGAGGAAGAGGACAUCCGGCAGCAGAUCACCAACGCAGCCUUCAUGUAUCCACGGCAACCCUGGACCUCCAUCUCACUGGAGGCGGUGAGCCUCAUCAACAACAUGCUGCAGGUGUCGGUCAGACGCAGGUUCAGUGUGGGCAAAGCUCUGGGACACCCCUGGCUGCAGGACUUCCAGCUGUGGUGUGACCUGCGUGCCUUCGAGCAGAGGAUGGGCUGCCGGUAUCUGACGCACCACGGGGACGAGGAGCGCUGGAUAGGCUUCACCCAGGAGAGAGGCCUGGACUUCCCCUCUCACCUCUGCUGGGACCCUGACAUGUGACUGCAGCUUUCCGUCGGCCCUACCUCCGGUCCAGGACUCGUGCAUGGAGCACUUCUGCUUGAACUUCUCAGCCAGGUGAUCGAGUCUCUCCAGGCGGCGGAUCUCCGUCAGCAGCCACUCCUCGUAGCCCUUCUCCACCCCCUCCAGCCCCUUCCAGGCGUUGGCAAUAUCCUGCAGGAGGAAGAGGCUUUAUCAUCGCUGCAUGCUGAGAGCAGGGGUUCAGAAACGCUCUGCUGAUACUUAUUGGAGGGAAUUAAGUGUUCAGAAUAUAAAUAAUGGAGGCGAUGCCGUGACAACACUUUAAUAUCUAUUGGACAUUUGGGAGAUAUUUGAAACGACUGAAGUCUGAGUGCUGUAUUAUUUGGAAAUGAAGUACAGCUUCUAUUGGCACUCUGUUCAAGUUUCCCUUUCUUUCUCCUGCAUUUCCCCAUCCUUAUUUAAUUAGCUGUUGUUCGGCGAGUUGUUUGUAUUCUCUUAUACAAGUUAACUCUUAAAAACAGAGGGUCUGAAAGGAUUUGACCAGCUUAAAAGGGAUGUAAAACAACAUGAGAAGUAGUAAUCCCUCAACAGAUUCAAAGCGCGUUGAUCCACAACGAAGCUUUGCUCCAGCACGCUGAGCUGAAAGUGUGCCGCGCUCACCGACACCAUCUUGCCCUCGGAGGGCAUGAAGGCGGGCCGGUUGCUGAGCCUCAGCUUGGUCUGCAGGGUGUUGAAGUUGAUCUCCAGCUGGCAUUUCUCCUGCACGCGGGGCGGCUUGUGGAUGCGACGGUAGUCACGGAAAUCCUCCAGCUUCUGCUGCAUGGCGCGCAUGGUCUGCUCCGCCGCGCGGUUCUCCAGCCAGGGGAUGGUGCGGCGGAUCCACUCCAGCAGCUGGGAGGGAAGGGAGACGUGAGGAGUAUUAAUGUCUCUGUAUAUCAGUUUUAGAUCCUGUCUGUAUGUUUUUCUACUGGCCUGUCUCAAGGAUAAGUUCUGGUUUACUUUAGAUUUGUUUAUUAACUCUUUCUGUGAGUAAAGUCUUUUUUAAAUAUGAAGGACAUAGCUGUUCAUACUCAUUUGGAGGAUUGGAUUAUAAAAACAUGUUCAUAAAUAAAUUAUUCUUGAAAGUC